CGGAUAUUAUGUGUAUAAAUAUGAACCACCUUCAUUCAACAGAUAUGAUAAUCUUAUGGUUUAACACCGGCUCUGGUUCUUCACCAAAUCUUCCUCUGAGACUCUGAAGGUUCAUCAUGGCAAUGCUAAUAAGUUGUCUGCUUCUUUUCAUCAUCUUCUCCAUGGGGAAUACAGAAGACAGAUGCCCCGCCACAUGGACACAAUAUGGACUCCGAUGCUAUAAGUUCAUUUCUCAUCCGACUAACUGGAUCACAGCACAGAGAAAUUGUCAGAGUCUUGGUGCAAAUCUCGCAUCUGUGCAUAAUAAACUGGAAAAUAAAUUCCUGCUGAGUCUGUUGCCUUCUCCUUCCACACGUACUUGGAUUGGUGCAAAUGAUGCUGUACAAGGAGGACACUGGUUGUGGAGUGAUGGAUCUGUGUUUUUGUAUACCCACUGGUGCUCUGGAGAACCCAGCAUUCAGCGUCCCGAGAACUGUUUGGAGAUCAACUUUACCUCUGACCGUUGCUGGAACAAUGAGCCCUGUUCACACUCAUUAUCCUAUAUCUGUGUUAAGGACCUGUCAGACUGUCUUGCUGAUCCACAGUUCAUCAUGCCUAUGCUAAAAAGCUGUCUGCUUCUCUUCAUUAUCUUCUCCAUGGGGAAUACAGAAGAUGCAGUUAGUUUAUCCAGAAGAUGCCCUGCUACAUGGAUGAAAUUUGGACUCCGGUGCUUCAAGUACUUUUCUCAUUCAGCUACCUGGAUCACAGCAGAGAGAAACUGUCAAAGUCUUGGUGCGAAUCUCGCAUCUGUGCGUAAUAGACUUGAAAAUGAUUUCCUGCUGAGUCUGUUGCCUUCUUCCACGCGUACUUGGAUUGGUGGUCAUGAUGCUAUACAAGAAGGACACUGGUUGUGGAGUGAUGGAUCUGUGUUUUUGUAUUCCCACUGGUGCACUGGACAACCUGACAAUUUGGGUGUCGAGAACUGUUUGGAGAUCAACUUUACCUCUAACCGUUGCUGGAAUGAUGCUUUCUGUACAACCUCAUUAUCCUAUAUCUGUGUUAAGGACCUGUGAGACCGUCAUGCUGAUCCACAGUUACUUGGAUUGAACUACUUCUUUCCAAUAUUAUCUUUUAAAAAAUGUUAUUCUGAAAUAAAAUCUCUUCUAAACUUUAAUCUCCUUUCAAUAUCUUCUCUGAAACACUCCUCAAAUUAA